AUGUCCGCCAUCACCGCCCUCCUGCCCACGCACCCCGUGGUGUGCAUCGACACGGAGUUCCCGGGCACGGUGUACGACUCGCCCACGCCGCGCUACCUGCGCGACCCGCACCAGAGCUACGCGCUCGUGCGCCGCAACGCCGACGAGCUCAGGAAGCUGCUGCAGCUCGGCCUGACCCUCGUCGGGCCCGACGGCCCCCACCCCGUCGUGUGGCAGUUCAACUUCUGGGGCUUCGACGAGGCCCUGGACCCGCACGCGCCGGCCUCCGUCGCCAUGCUCAAGGCCCACGGCAUGGACUUCCACAACCUCCGCGAGCACGGCAUCGACCCGCUCGACUUCGCCGCCGAGUUCGCACGCUCCGGCCUCGCCCGCCGCCACGGCUCUCCCGACCUCACGUGGGUGGCCUUCUCUGGUUCCUACGACUUCGCGUACCUCGCCAAGCUGCUCCGCGGCGGCAGGCGGCUGCCGGACAAGCUGGACGACUUCCGGAAUCUGGUGGGGAAGCUGUUCGGGCCCUCGGUGCUCGACGUCAAGUACAUUGCCAAGGCCUGCGGUCUGCGUGGCGGGCUGGACCAGGUGGCUGCGGCGCUCGGCGUCGAGCGCGCUGCCGGACGCGCGCACAACGCCGGCUCUGACAGCCUGCUCACCGCCGACGUGCUGCAGGUCAUGCUGUCGCGCUUCUUCCCACCCGAAUUCGACGUGCGCCCGAUUUACGGCGGAGCCAUCGAUGGCCUCGCUGCGUGA